UAUUUAUCAGCUGCUGCAGACAUCCUGAGAUGAUCUGGAAUUAGAAGCCUUAUCUGCCUGCCUGACAGUUAGGAGGAGGAUCUGGUGGGCAGGAGGUGAGGUGCUUGAGUGUUGACACGAAGAAACAGUAUGCUAGAGCUGACCGGCUGGAGCUCCUAACAGGACCACCCCCCGGCGCCUUCCGACCCUGACGGAUUCUUACCAGAUACUGGGGAAGACCAGACAGCACAGUGCAACGCGUGGAGCACCAGGGUUUUGAGGGGUCCAACAUGCCUGAGGGCAAGCAGGCUGUUUGCCGGACCAGCAGCCACCUCUCCCAUUCCACCUACCGUAAGAUCAAGAGAGCCCUAAGCUUCAGGAGACGAGUCUUCGGGCAGCGCCUGGAGGAGACGGUGGUCUACGAGCGGCGCCACGGUGAGCACGUGGCCCCCAUGGUGGUGGAGCAGUGCGUGACUUUCAUCCGCGAACGGGGCCUGCUGGAGGUGGGGCUCUUCCGGCAGUCGGGGCAGGCCACGCUGGUCAGGGAGCUGCAGGUGGCCUUUGACGCCGGAGAGAAGCCCACCUUUGACAGUGCCACAGACAUCCACACAGUGGCCUCCCUACUGAAGCUGUACCUGAGAGAGCUGCCAGAACCCGUGAUCCCCUUCUCCCGCUACCAGGACUUCCUCGUGUGUGGAAAGAGGGUGCCGGAAGACAGGAAGCAGGCCUUGGCACAACUGAAGAGACUCCUACAUGAGCUACCUGUGGUUAACUUCAACUUGCUGAAUUACAUCUGUCGGUUCCUCCAUGAAGUCCAGUCUUUUUCCCACAUCAACAAAAUGAGCAUCCAGAACCUGGCCACCGUGUUUGGGCCCAACAUCCUGCGACCGAAAGCUGAAGACCCAGAGAGCAUCAUCGGAGGAGCGGCCCUGGUACAGCAGCUGAUGUCGGAGCUCAUACGGGAGUGCGGCAGCUUGUUCCUCAGGGACGCCGGCGCCGACGCAGGGCCGGACCCGCCGCCCUCUCAGGGCGGGAAGGCAGACGUGGCCGGGGAGUGCCGAGGGGAUCCUGCUGCCCAGCCGCGCUGUGAGGGUCUGCCCUGCCAUCGGCAGGCCUGUACACGCUGCUCCCGCCAGCUGACACUGUCCCUCCUGGGCACACAGAGGGCUUCCCCCCAGACCCCUGAGGAGAUCCCUGCACCCCAGUCCACAACACCAAUGCAGCGCCGACUUCAGAUGCUCCCUCCAGGGGGCUUUGGAGGUCCCCUGUACGACAGCCACCGUCGAGGAUGCUCACAGCACCAGGCUGCCGCGGAAAGUGGAGCCUCUCUGCUUCGCGAUCCCUCGGGAACUGCUGCCAUUCCCACACAGACCACGGCGCACGGUGGCUCAGUGCCAAACAGUUCGCGGCGUGACAGCUGGGGGGGGCAGGGCAGGUCGGGCCAAGCGGCGGGGAAGUCGGAUGGAGCUGCGCAGGAGGGGCACCGGAGCAGCGGCGCACACGAAAGCACUCUCUCCGUCUACGACAACAUCCAGCUGUCCAUCCCGGAUGAGCCGAGCCCCGCCGAGGAAAGGAUGGCCAGCGCCGACAGCAGCUCCUGGUCCUCCUGUGAGAUCCUUCUAGAGGAGGGCACCGCUGGACUUGGGCCAGCCUCCAGCCGCUUGUCCUCCAUCAAGACCGACCGAGAAGAAGCCAGGGCCGGCUCCCCUGCCUCCCUUUUCAUCCUUGAUGCCCCCCUGAGCAGAAGCAGCAGCGAUGUCUUCCUGCCUCCAGCCAACGCAGACCCCCACGCAGACCCCCGCACAGCCCUGCCCUCCCCACAGUCCCCAAGCUCCAUGCGAUACCUUUUCGUGGGUCUCCAGCAGCAGAUCGCCAGGCAGAAGGAGGAGUACGAAGCUCAGAUCAGAAGUCUGGAGCAGCGAAACAAGGCCCUUCAGGAGGAGGUGGCUGCCCUGAGGGCCAACCUAGAGCAGCAGCGGCGCUGGUAUGGCGUGGCCGAGAUGAAGAUGCGCGAUGCGGAGCGCGCGAGGGCCGACGCCGACCGCCGCAACGCCCUUCUGCAGCAAGAGAUGGAGCAGUUCUUUGACACCUUCGGCGAGCUGAACAACGAGGCCAGAAAAGCGGAGCGCAUCGUGCAGAGUUUCUGAGCUCGGUGGUGGGGGGACACCACCAGGAAAACGCCUGCAAGGAGUGACAAACCAGACAGAAG